AUGAGUCUCAACGAGCAUGACGCCGCCGCGUCGGGCCUCAUGGGCGUGGAGGAGACACCGCCACCCGCGCCGCUAGUGAGGGCAUUGGGCCCCCAGCAGGCCGAGGUGGUCGUUAAGCGCAACCAAUCCAAGUACGACUUCGUGAAGGUUCGAGUAUGGGUCGAGGAUCAUGUCUACGUGUUGUCCCGCUACCUGCUGUGCCGCGCGCUGGUCAGCGCUAAGAUAAAUUCGAGGGACGCAGUGCAGAUUUCGCUGGAUCUAAAGAGGGUGAGAACGCUGGUUAGAAGGUUAAAGAGAGGAAGCGAACAGUUCGAGGACUUCCUGUACAAGACGAUGCUUGUGUUCGGAUAUGGAGAACCUCAGAUCUCGUGCUACAGGAUGAUGUCCAGUUUCCACCGCAAUCGGGUUCCACUGCUGAUCAUGCUGGCAGGUACAGCCUGCAUCGGGAAAUCCACACUGGCCACCAAGUUGGCCGACCGACUCAAUCUCUCGAGCGUACUGCAGACUGAUCUCAUCUUCGAGCUCAUGUGUAACUUUUCAGGGCAAGAGAAAACUUCGUAUAUAGCGACGAGGUUUCAAUCGACGGAUGGCCUUGUCGCAGAAUACCAGAAAGAGUGUGAAGUUGUCCGCAAAGGAGUCAAAUCCGACAUCGACAAGUGCCUUAAGGACGGCAAGUCGCUCAUAAUUGAAGGCUUCCACAUCGAUCCUCGCCUGUACCAGAAGACUAUUGCACUGGAAAAGGAUAGUAAAACCAGUUGUUCAGGAAUCGUAGUGCCGUUCCUGCUAACGCUGGACGAAGAAGACCACCACAACUUUAUGACGAACUCUCCUGACCCAAGAUACCGUGGAGACCAGAACGCAAUUGGCUUCCGCAACUUGCAGGAUGUGCAGAACUAUUUGGUCUCUCAUAACCAGGAGAAGGAUAUGCUUCCGUUCACCGAAAUUCGGAUCAACCUUCACUCAUUCCACGACACGUUGGACCACCUGCACGAUGUGGUGCUCAAGCGUAUUGAGGAGGUUUUCGUGAGUAGUAAGACAGCCACGUAAUAUUUUUUUCUUGCUUU